AUGCCACCCUACCUAUUCUCUUACACCGUCACAAAUUCCCCCAAACCAAAUCAAAUGGAUCGCCUCCGCCUCUCCUCUCUUACUAAUAAACUCUUUUCAUUUCCAGUCUUUUUCUCCAUUUUCCCUUCCUUAUUUACCUUUCUCUUAUUCUCUUCCCUCCUUUUAUCUACCUCUUUUGUCUUUGCCCGUGUCAGUAAUGCCUUGUCAAUCCAACACAAAUGCAUUGAAGGCCACUUCUCUGCUUUGCUCCACUUGAAACAGGGCUUUAACUUCUCUGGUCAGUACACCAAGACUACACUCCCUUCUUGGAAUCCUGAUAACAGGGAUUGCUGUUCUUGGGAGGGCAUCACGUGUGAUGGUGCCACUGGUCACGUGACCAGUCUCGAUCUCAGCGAGCUCGUUAUCUACGGUCGGAUUGAUUUUGUAAGCCUCUUUAGUCUUCAGAGCCUUCAGAAGCUAAACCUCGCUUACAAUGACUUUGAUCACUCUCCAAUCCCAUCUGGGUUUGAGCAGCUCACCAGUUUGACCCAUCUCAACCUCUCUUCUUUGCAAUUUUAUGGCCAAAUUCCGCUGGAAAUCUCCAGCUUGACCACUUUGGUGUCCCUCGAUCUGUCUCACAAUCAAUAUUUCAAUGGUUCCUACAUUGAAUACCUGAAACUCGAAAACCCGAACAUUGGAGCAUUCGUCCAAAAUCUGUCCUGUCUGAGAGAACUCCAUCUCAGUUGGGCAAACAUCUCAGUUCAGGGUAGCAAGUGGGGCUUGGCCUUAUCCUCGGCACUCCCUCAUCUCCACAAGUUGAGCUUGAGGUAUUGUGGUCUAUCAGGCCCCAUCCAUCCUUCCCUUUCCAAGCUCCAUUUCCUAUCUGAACUCGACCUCAGUGGAAACAAUCUCUCUUCGGUGGUACCUAACUUCAUAGGGAACUUCUCUUCUUUAACUUCACUGCGCCUCAGAUAUUGCAUUUUGCAUGGCAAAUUUCCAGAGAGUAUUUUCAGGCUGCCAAACCUACAAACCCUGGAUGUAGGAUACAAUCCACUUCUGACGGGUGAAAUCCCUCCAAACAAUACUCUCCGGGAGUUGUACCUAUCCGACACUGGAUUUUGUAGCAACCUACGGGAUUCAUUCAGUAAUUCCAAACUGCUGACAAUGAUCCAGCUUAGACAUUGCAAACUAGCCGGCCAAUUUCCAUCAUGGGUUGUGAAUCUCGGGAAACUCAUGUAUUUGGAUCUUUCAGACAACGGUUUCAGCGGACCAUUGCCAUCAUGGCUUGUGAAGCUCAAGAAACUCAUGCAUUUGGAUCUUUCAUCCAAUAAUUUCAGUGGUCCAAUCCCUUCUUCCUAUGGCAACAAGUUUCAAAAUCUUCAAUGGCUCAUCGUUUACAACAAUUCACUUAGUGGGACCAUCCCAUCAUUAUUGUUUUCACUCCCAUCAUUACGAGGGCUGUAUCUCCUAGAUAAUCAAUUUAGUGGUCAACUUAGUGAAUUCCACAACCCAUCCUCUUCUCUGCUAGACACAAUCGACUUGGAUAACAACAAGUUGGAGGGGCUUAUUCCAAUGUCCAUCUUUGAACUCAAAAAGCUUCAAUACCUCUCUCUUUCAACAAACAAUUUCAGUGGUGACGUAGACCUUGGCUUAUUCCAAAACCUUAAGAACCUCUUGGGCCUGGAUCUUUCAGAUAACAACUUCUCAGUCCAUGAUGGCAGAAGCAAUUCAACCUCCAUGUCCUUCUCCCAUAUUCAAUCUUUGCUCUUAAGAUCUUGUAAUAUCACCAAAUUUCCAAAUAUCUUGAGAAACCAAGAAUCUAUGAGUUUCAUAGACCUUUCCAACAACAACAUCAAUGGUGAAAUACCGAAGUGGCUAUGGAAGUUGGGAAACGGUGCUUUAUCUUAUUUGAAUCUUUCUCACAAUGCACUUGAGGGAUUAGAGCAACUAUUUCCCUAUCAUUCUUUUAGUUCAUUUGAAUAUCUUGACCUAAGCUAUAACAAGCUAAAAGGCUCAAUUCCAAUCCUUCCUUUACCUUCCAUUUUCCUUUCACUUUCAAGCAAUCAUUUUAGUGGAGAAGUUCCCUCACUUAUUUGCAAUUGCACUUUCCUACAAGUCCUCGAUCUGUCUCACAACCACUUCAGUGGUUCUAUUCCACCAUGUUUGGGUCAAAUCAGUGAUGCCCUCAUUGUGUUGAAUCUUGGAGGAAAUGCAUUUCAUGGCCCGUUGCUUCAAACAUUCAAAGAGGAGUGCACCCUAGAGACACUUGAUCUCAAUGGAAAUCAAUUGAAAGGACAGGUGCCAAGUUCUUUGGCUCGGUGCAAGAAGCUAGAGGUGUUAAACCUUGGAAACAAUCAAAUACAUGACACCUUUCCUUUCUGGAUAGAAAAUUUGUCCCAGUUGCACAUUCUCAUCUUGACAUCCAACAGAUUUCAUGGCACCAUUGGGCACCCCCAAGCAAAUCAUACAUUUCCACUCUUACAAAUCUUUGAUCUUUCAUACAAUGGCUUCACAGGUAACUUGCCAUCUAAUUUGUUUAGGAGCUGGAACGCAAUGAUGGAAACCAAAUCUCAAUCUCAAGUUCUUAGCAAAACUGCUGGCAAUGGAUACUAUCAAGAUAAAGUGACUAUAGUGAGUAAAGGGCUAGAAAUGGAGCUGGUAAAGAUCCUUACUGCCUUUACGGUAGUGGAUCUCUCAAAUAACCAAUUUCAUGGGGACAUUCCAGAAUCGAUUGGGAAUUUAAAGUCAUUGAUUGUGCUUAAUACGUCCUAUAACCAUUUUACAGGCCGAAUUCCAGCAUCACUCGGAAACAUUAAAGCUCUUGAGUCAUUGGAUUUAUCACAUAAUAGUGUGUCUGGAGAGAUUCCUUGGCAACUGACAAAGCUAAACUUCCUUGCCGUGUUGGACCUUUCGCAAAAUCUCCUCGCUGGAAGCAUACCACAUGGUCAGCAAUUCAAUACAUUCACGAAUAAAUCUUUCCUUGGGAAUUCGGGAUUGUGUGGCAUUCCACUGGCAAAGAAAUGUGAACACGUUGAGACACAUGCAUUACCACCAUUGGCACAAUCGGAAAGCAAAUAUGACUGGAAAUCCAUGUGGAUUGGCUUUGGAGUUGGAUAUGGAGUGGGAAUGGGAAUCCUUUUUUGGACUCUAGCACUUUGGACAAAUGGAAUGAGAGAAUUCACUAUAUUUAUUGAUAAAGUGCUUAUGUUGAUUUUUCCAUGUGAGGCAUUUAUUCUAAUGCAUCAAUACUGA